AGAAGCUAGCAUGGAGGGAACGCGUCAAGAAAUUAGUGACAAGUCCAAAAACAAAACACUGAAAUGGAAAGUGAAGGGCGGAGUUGUGUCAAGAGGUCUGUCUCAGCCUGGGACCCAGGAUUGUACUCACCCAACUUUGAUGAAGGACAUGUGUGCAGAAUGUGGAGCAGAUCUCAGAGAAAAUCCAGGCCAUGCUGGUGCAAGGAAGGAAGCUGUAUCGGCUUCUGUGGCCAUGGUACACAGUAUACCUGAACUUAUUGUCAGUGAGGAGGAAGCACUUCGGAUUGGUAAAUCUGAUGAGGAGAGAUUGCUAAAGACAAGAAAACUCGUCCUCUUGGUUGAUCUGGAUCAGACACUUAUCCACACCACCAAUGAUAAUAUCCCAGCCAAUCUGAAGGGGGUUUUCCAUUUUCAACUGGCUCAUGGGAACGCUGUCCUCUGGUAUCACACGCGUCUCCGACCGCACACAGAAGAAUUCCUAAAGAAGAUUUCAACCAUGUACGAGCUACACAUUUGCACCUUUGGUGUUCGUCUCUAUGCCCAUACCAUUGCCAACUUUCUGGACCCCGGGCAAUACUUCUCACAUCGAAUUCUUUCUAGGGAUGAAUGCUUCAGCUCUAACUCCAAGAUGCCAAAUUUAAAGGCACUAUUUCCCUGUGGAGACUCGAUGGUAUGUAUCAUUGAUGACAGGGAAGAUGUGUGGAAUUUUUCCCCCAAUCUGAUCAAUGUCAAACCCUACCGGUUUUUCCAAGGAACUGCUGAUAUAAACGCUCCUCCCGGGUGUCAGAAAACGGAGUCUGAUUUAAACCCUGUAAAACACAGAGUGCGGAGAAUCUCUCAUUCUAGUGAUGGAAGCAGCCAGGUUGUGGAGAUCAACAGUAAGCUGCCCUCAGAGGGAGAAAUUCAGGUAGAGGAAAAAGAUUCUCAGAGUAAAGAGGGACAGAAGCAGAGUGAAAUUAAACCUGACAAGGCAGCAGACGUGAAGUGUGGGCAGAAGGAGAACACUGAUUGUGUCAAAAUGACUAAUUCAGGUGGAGAGGGGGGAAUUGAUACAAAAUCAGAUGCAUGUGAAUCUGAAGCCAAAAGCCCAGAGUCGGCUGGGAAGGGAGAGGUUGAGACUAUAUCGGAAGAGAUAGAAUGGGUGGAUGAUGAUGACUACUUACUUCAUUUAGAAGAGAUUUUACGACGAGUACACAAAGCAUUUUACGAUGUUUACGAUCAAAUGACUCAGAAAGGAGAUGUUGAGAAAGUCCCUGAUAUGAAAAGUAUAAUACCAUAUGUGAAAAAGAAAGUACUUAAAGGAGCAAACGUGCUAUUUAGCGGAGUGUUUCCGACAAAUAUGCCUCCAGAGAAAAGCAGGGCGCAUAUCGUCGCUAAAUCUCUGGGAGCCAGCAUUCACACAAACUUUGUACCUAAGUCUGCUCAAGAGGGAAAAAAUGGGAACCACACAACUCAUGUUAUAGCAGCUCGUCUUGGUACGUCGAAAGUUCGAGCUGCUCAGAAGUCUGGGAGUGUGUAUCUGGUGACACCUGAGUGGCUGUGGACGUGUGGAGAUCGUUGGGAACAUGUUGAUGAGAGGUUAUUUCCCCUGACGGAGGAGUCCCAGGCUACCCUCCCCAUGAAACCUGAUGUGCCAAGCCAGCCACCCAUGGUGAAAGAGGCAGUUAAACGGAAGAGCGACACCAGUGUGGAAGAAGUAUAUGUGUAUGACAGAGUUACUGGAAAGCGUUGCAAAACUGAGACUUUACAAGGUGGAAGGCAAACAGAGUCUGAUACACCACCAGACAUAAAAGCAGCAAAAGGAGAUGGUGAUUUCCUGAGUGGGGAGCAGGAUUGUAUAGAAGACUUUCCUCAGAACGUGGAAGAGCAGGAGUCAAAAUUUGCUGAUAGUUUUAACCCGUUGUAUUCUCUCUCUGAUGAGGAGAUAGCGACGAUGGAUCGGGAGGUGGAGGAGCUGAUGGAAGAUGAAGACAGCUCUGAUGAUGAAGGUGAAGAUGAAAAUACAAAGAAGAAUGAGGAAAGCCUGAGGAGAAAAGUUUUGGGCAGUUGCCUUCCACAGGAGUCCUCCAGCGAAGACAGUCUGAGUGCAGACUUCCCCAGAGGCUGGCAGGCCAAGAAAAAGCUGCAGAAAAUUGGAAAAUUGAGGUCUUGUGGGGUUGGAAUGGGAGAGUUAGAUACGGACAAGGAAGAUGAGGGUGAUGAACAGGAUGACAUAAUGGAUGUCAGUAGAAAUGCAGGGGAUGAGUCUGACGAUUCAGAGAAUUCUGAGAAAUCUUAUGAGUCAGUAGGCUCUGUGGACGAUGAAAUUGCGUUAGCUGUAGAGAAGGAGUUUUUGUCAUAAGACAUGUUUUUUGCUGGUCUUUUCUUCAGUGUGACAUCAUCGUGGUUCAGAACUCGGAUCCAUGAUCAUGUUGUUGGCAGUGUAAUGAUGUAUGCCUUGUCAUAUCUGUUAAUAUAUCCUGUGAGUCCCAAUAGCAGAAUUUUUCUCAAAUCAGAUUAAAAAAUAUCUUCAUUCCUAAUUACAGGUUAAUAUUAAGUCUAAGAAUAAUGUGACUAAUGUUGCUAACUUAAGGCUGACCAUGCCAUGAACACUAUUACAAAUGGCUCCAAGGCAACUGAAGCCCGCAGUACGUCAUUGUAUUCUGCGAUCACUCGAUGUACAUCAUCCAGCAACUUACAGGUGCACAUAAAAGUGCGACUUGUCAAUACAGUCGGAAUGUUACAACAAGGUGCAUUACUUAUCACCAGCAAUGAACAUGCUUUAAAGCUUCAAUUUGACUCUAAGUAUGCUCCUCUACUUCAUACCAAGUAGUUUUAUAUGUCUGUUGUUACUGGCUUUAAAUAUUUCUUUCUCUGCCUCAUUCCAUCAGACAAUAACUCAAACACCAUGACCGAUAGCCGUCAACGUUAGUAAGUGGUUUGGAUUGGUUUGCAGUGAUGGGCAUAAAAUAGUUUGGCCCUCUUUGUUUUCCCCCUAAACUUAAUCUGGAUAAUAACUCUUGAAUGCUACAAUCGAUGGCCUUCAGUCUUGGUAAGGGAUUUGAUGCCAUUGACAGGAAGGCAGAGAUUUAUUUUUGGUGAUGUGUGCACAUGGUCAUUGUUGAUAUAAUAAUAUGGCAAUUAAGUGACAUUUCAGGAAUAUGGUUUCCAGUGCUCUUGCUGUCCAUCAUUCACACAUGUUUUGAUAACGAUGAUGCCUUGUGGUGGGAUAAUUGUACAUAGGUUAAAAAGUAUAUGACUGACAACUUAUUUCUCCAUCAUGUUACAUGUAAAUGACGACAUCUUGUUGAUGCAACAAUGGGCCGAGGUGGUUAGCAAGCGGCGAGAUGACCCAGUGCGGUCGCUGUGAGUUCAGGUUGAGUUCAUCCUGGCUUCGUCUCCAGCCAUAUGUGAGAAGGUCUGGCAGCAACCUGUGGAUGAUCAUGAGUUUCUCCUGGUUUCUGCCCGGUUUCCUCCCACCAUAAUGCUGACCGUCAUCGUAUAAGGGAAAUAUUCUUGAGUAAGGCUUAAAC